ACGCGAAUUCACCUUGAACUGUCUAUGAUCCCAGCCCCUUAUCCAUUGCUGCGGAUGCAAGGGUUGGUGGAUCACGCAGAGAAUUAAUUUUGUAAGUUUUUACGUGGGGUGGCUCAGCGCAAUCGGAAGGUUGCGAGUUCGAACCCUGUUUCGUGGAGCUGUCCCUAACUAAUCCCGUUAUCUUUCUGGGGUCGAAACAAUUAUUGCCAAUACCAAUGUUUAUAUACUCGCCUGCCCACCCCCCCCCACCACUAUCCGCACGCCCGCCACAGUAACGUGGAAUUUCCACCACUGUCUCUGUCAACCGGGAAGACGGGCCCCGAAAUCUUUUAGACCUGACUUUGGGAUCCAGCGCCGUCACGAAUGAACGGUUAAAUGAAAGGUCUGGCGACAUCUAGCGCCGCCGCGUCGAGCGAACGCGGCCGCUGAACCCUCUGAAGCGGCGUGCUCCCGGGGCAGCAGCGGCGGCAGCGGCAAUGGCCAUUCAUACGUACGCCGGCACGAUCAGGAAAGACGACGCCAACUACAAGCAGCAUUUCCGAAUGAUUAACGAGCAGCAGGUGGAGGACAUCACCAUCGAGUUCUUCUACAGGCCGCACACCAUCACGCUGCUUACGCUCACCAUCGUCUGCCUCAUGUACUUCGCCUUCACGAGGGAUAACAGCAGCCCCGAGGACAACAUAUGGCGGGGAAUCAUCUUCGUCACCGUUUUCUUCCUCAUCGUCAGCAUCAUGGCCUUCCCCAAUGGUCCCUUCACGAGACCUCACCCGUCCAUAUGGCGCAUGGUGUUCGGCAUGAGCGUCCUCUACUUCCUGUUCCUCAUAUUCCUGCUCUUCCUCAACCCGGAGCAAGUUAAGGCCAUCAUGUACUGGCUGGACCCGGCGCUUCGUCACGCCACGCGCGAGGCUGACAUCAUGGAGUACGCCGUGAACUGCCACGUGAUCACGUUGGAGAGGAUCGCGAGCCACUUCGAUGUGUUUGCGUUUGGUCACUUCUGGGGCUGGGCCAUGAAGGCGCUCGUCGUGCGGAGCUACGGCCUCUGCUGGACUAUCAGCAUCACCUGGGAGAUGACCGAGUUGUUCUUCAUGCACCUCCUGCCCAACUUCGCCGAGUGCUGGUGGGACCAGGUUAUCCUGGACAUCAUCCUGUGCAAUGGUGGUGGCAUCUGGCUGGGCAUGGUGGUCUGCUACUAUCUGGAAAUGAGGACCUACCGAUGGGAGAGCGUCAAGGACAUCCACAGCACGACGGGCAAGAUCAAGCGCGUGGUAAUGCAGUUCACGCCGGCGAGGUGGACAUACGUGCGUUGGUUCGACCCCAAGUCCUCUUUCCAGCGAGUCGCCGGCAUCUACCUCUUCAUGAUCAUCUGGCAGCUCACGGAGCUCAACACCUUCUUCCUCAAGCACAUUUUCGUCUUCCAGGCGGGGCACCCAAUCAGCGUCGGGCGCAUUUUCCUCAUCGGCAUCAUCACAGCACCAACCGUCAGGCAGUACUAUGCGUACCUCACGGACACGCAGUGCAAGCGCGUGGGCACUCAGUGCUGGGUUUACGGAGCGAUCGCGUUCCUGGAGGCGAUCGUUUGCAUAAAGUUCGGCAAGGAGCUGUUCUCCAAGACGCAGGUCAUGUACGUGUUCCUGUGGCUCGUGUGCAUCGCCUUCAUAACGUUCGCGUGCCUCUACGUGAUGGUGGCGUACGCCGACUGGGCUCCUACUCGCGAAAAGUCUCUGUCGGAGUGCGAGGACUCGGUGGGCUACAUGGACUCAUCCCCAGAGAACUCCAUCAUCGAACUGAAGGAUAGCAGACAGGACAUACAGGAGAAGCCUGACCCGGUCGCGCUGAAAAAGACUCUGUGAAGUGCGCAGUCAUCCGAUCGCCGUGAUGGCGGCGAUGAAGGGUGGUGGUGGCCGUGGCGACGAUCGCGACGAAUGGUGGAAGGCGAGUUGCCUGGGUUGCACCACUUUGCUCCAACGUUUCGCGAUUAUACAAUGCACACUGUGAAAGGAGAGGCGAAACACGAGCUUUAGCAGUUAAGAGGUCAGGUGACAAAUGCGCUGCUGUGUUUGCAUUUUUACCCCGGACUGAGGGCUUUAACUUUUUCCGGAAAGCUGUCCGGGGGCAGCGACCCAUAAAAUACCACCUCGCCCGGCAUACCACAUCCAGGAUACCAUUUACUUGUUUCCAGCAGCUUUGACCGCGACUGGUCACGUGCCGCCUACCACGUUCUACCAGUGACCCAUUAAGCCCUGCUCCGAAUCAGUUUAAAAAAAAAA